AGUUUUUCUACAAAUCAAAAACAGGCUCAGACACGUGACUUUAUCAAUAAAACAAGAGGAAGGAAAAACUAUGGCUGUUCUGCCAAACGACCACCAGGUGACAGGAGAAAGUGCGCAGAAUGAGCCAUCGGGUUAAAACUUCUAAUCGAAAGUAAAUUGUCAGCUGGACUUUCCGACAUUUUCAUGCUCUGCAGUCACCGUCUUUGUGAACGAGAGCCUUCACGGAACACAUUUGUUUUGAUAGCUGAGGUUAUACUGUGGACAGAAAGCACCGAGGGACAAACGUGACUCAAAUCCUCAUCAGGUUUUAGUUUCCUCCAACAACGCAGUGUAACUUUGUAUCACCUCUGAUCCCUCAGAAGCGGUUCUUCCUCAUCUGUCGGCUGCUUUUGGUCCGCACUCCUGCUGAAGCUCACUUUGAGACUCCUGAAAUGCACCGAACAAGUUGGACAGCAGGACACCUGAGCUCUCACCUGCCCGUCCUCAGCCAUUCACAUUCACAUUAAUCUAUGGUUUCCAGGAGGACCUGACCGACACACCAUCAGGGACAGGAUGGUCUGGGUUCUUCUGCUGGUCGUCCUCACAGCCUCAGUCUGUGGGAUGUUUGCUGAGAGAAAGACUCCCACCGUGUAUCAGGCGGAGGAGGACGACAACAUCACCGUCACAUUGGACAGUCAUGACCAAACCGACUUGUCUCUCGCCAACAUCAUUUGCUUCCUCCAGUCGAAGCCUCUGAAGGUUUUGUAUCAAAUGAGUGUUGGUGCUGAGCUCCCAGAGUCUCAGCAUCAGCAGUUUGCAGGACGGGUGCUCUGUGACGGAGACGCCCUGAGACGAGGACGAGUCCGACUUCACGUGUCCAGAGUCACAGCUGAAGACUCGGGAGAUUACAGGUGUGAUCUGGCUGCUGAUUACGACAGGAAGGAGAGGAGAUGGAGGCUGCUGACCACCGAGUAUUUUGCCGUGAAUGUGGCCCAAAGCAGUGAUGUGUCUCUCAACCUGGCAGCUCCUCAAGGUGCAAACCCCCCACCAGGAGGCCCACAGAGAAACAUUACUGCUCCAAUAUUACUGGUGAUUGUAAUUUUUGCAGUUCUAAUUUGGGCAACUGGACAUCUGAGAGGACUUCUUCGUGGGAUACGAAGGAUGAUACAAAUGUAGGAUGACGAGGGGUUUUGAGAAAUCUGGCCCAGCUGAACAAGUUACGUCCCAUCCCACAAACUGCUCCAGGUGUGAGUGCAGCGUGGACUGCGGGACCUGACAGUGGAAAGGCCACAUGUAGCUCUAUUAUUCUCAGCCUCUACAAGAAGCCCAUUUAUUGUUUCUUGCUGCUUUGGUGUUUAUUAUUUAUUAUGCUCACUUGGCACGUUCAGCUUGCACCUUCGUGGCCUUGCUGUCCAAACAGGCACCUGUUCUUGAUACACCUGAUGCACCUAAUACGAUGUGUGCGAGUAUUAGCAAAGUGGUGCUCAACCAGCUCAUUUUGAAAUGGUUAUUGUAAGGCACAGUAAGAAGAAGAAAGAGAGUUUUAAUCAAGAUGUUAUAACAUCCUGUUCAGCCUCUAUGAGACGCUUUGUGGUGGUAACGCAGACUGCAAAGGCAAACUGGGUUUUUCUUUUAUCUCCAAAUGAGGAAAGUUUAAAAGGUGUACUGAAAGCGAUGUCAUGCUUCUCUUGACUGAUACAAACAAUAAAUGAUUCUUGCGUUGUGGUUUUUAUCAAUAAAGCACAAAGACAUUGGUGAAA